CCGUGCGCGGGGACAUCCCCCGGGCUGUGCCGCCUACGGCUUCGUGUGUGACGGCACGCGGCUGCUGGUGUUCGGGGGCAUGGUGGAGUACGGCAAGUACAGCAACGACCUCUACGAGCUGCAGGCCUCCAGGUGGGAGUGGAAGCGGCUGAAGGCGAAGACCCCCAAAAAUGGGCCCCCCCCUUGUCCCCGGCUGGGCCACAGCUUCUCCCUGGUGGGCAACAAGUGUUACCUGUUCGGGGGGCUGGCCAACGACAGCGAGGACCCCAAAAACAACAUCCCCCGGUACCUGAACGACCUGUACGUGCUGGAGCUGCGCCCGGGCUCGGGGGUGCUGGCCUGGGACAUCCCCAUCACUUACGGGGUGCUGCCCCCUCCCCGGGAAUCCCACACGGCCGUGGUGUACACGGAGCGCGACGGGCGGCGCUCGCGCCUCGUCAUCUACGGGGGCAUGAGCGGCUGCAGGCUGGGGGACCUGUGGACGUUGGAUAUUGAGACGCUGACCUGGAACAAGCCGAGCCUGAGCGGGGUCGCUCCCCUGCCCCGCAGCCUCCACUCAGCCACCACCAUCGGCAACAAGAUGUACGUUUUUGGGGGGUGGGUGCCCCUGGUGAUGGAUGACGUGAAGGUGGCGACGCACGAGAAGGAGUGGAAGUGCACCAACACCCUGGCCUGCCUGAACCUGGACUCGAUGGCGUGGGAGCCGCUGGUGCUGGAGACGCUGGAGGACAACGUGCCGCGGGCCCGCGCCGGGCACUGCGCCGUGGCCAUCGCCACCCGCCUGUACAUCUGGAGCGGCCGCGACGGCUACCGCAAGGCCUGGAACAACCAGGUGUGCUGCAAGGACCUGUGGUACCUGGAGACAGAGCGCCCGCCGGCGCCGGGCCGCGUGCAGCUGGUGCGCGCCAACACCACGUCGCUGGAGGUGAGCUGGGGCGCGGUGCCCACGGCCGACUCGUACCUGCUGCAGCUGCAGAAGUACGAGCUGCCCGCCGCGCCCGCGCCGCCGCCCGUGCCCUCGGUGCCCGCCAACCCCCCCAAGAGCCCCCUGGGGGGCGUGGGGCUCACCCUGCUGCCCCCGCCCGCCGCGCCCCCCAACCCGCCCGGCGUCGCCGCCGCCGCCGCCGCGGCCGCUGUGGGGACGGCGGGGACGGCGGCGGGGACGGCAGGGACAGGCGGCGGCGGCGGCACCGCCGGGGGGGUGGCGGCGGUGGCGGCGGCCACGGCGGGGACGGCGGGGGCGGUGGCGGCGCCCCCCGGGGCCACCCUGCAGGUGCUGCCCGCGGCCGGGGGGGCAACGGCGGCGGCGGCGAGCGGAGCGGCCACGGCGGGGAGGGCACCUGGUGUCCCGGCGGUGCUGAAGGUGACCGGUCCCCCUGCGGCCACCGCGGGGCCCCCGUUGGUGACGGUACGCUCGGCCGGGCCCGGCAAGGCCCCGGUGACGGUGACAUCGCUGCCCGCCGGCGUCAGGAUGGUGGUGCCCACCCAGAGCCCCCAGGGCACGGUGAUCGGCAGCAGCCCCCAGAUGAGCGGCAUGGCCGCCCUGGCCGCAGCGGCCGCGGCCACCCAGAAGAUCCCCCCGGCCUCGGCGCCCACCGUGCUCAGCGUCCCCGCCGGGGCCACCAUCGUCAAGACGGUGGCCGUGACCCCCGGGGCCACCACCCUGCCCGCCACCGUCAAGGUGGCCUCGUCACCCGUCAUGGUGAGCAACCCCGCCACGCGCAUGCUGAAGACGGCGGCGGCCCAGGUGGGCACGGCGGGGGCGUCACCCGCGGCCACCAACGCGGCCACCCGGCCCAUCAUCACCGUGCACAAGUCGGGGACGGUGACGGUGGCCCAGCAGGCCCAGGUGGUCACCACCGUGGUCGGAGGGGUCACCAAGACCAUCACGCUGGUCAAGAGCCCCAUCUCCGUGCCGGGGGGCAGCGCCCUGAUCUCCAACCUGGGCAAGGUGAUGUCGGUGGUGCAGACGAAACCUGUGCAGAGCUCGGCUGUCACCGGGCAGGCCUCGAGCGGCCCCGUCACCCAGAUCAUACAGACCAAGGGCCCCCUGCCCGCGGGGACCAUCCUGAAGCUGGUGACGUCGGGGGAGGGGAAGCCCACCACCAUCCUGACCAGCACGCAGGCGGGGGCGGGGGCGGCCAAGCCCCCCACCAUCCUGGGCAUCAGCAGCGUGUCCCCCAGCACCACCAAGCCCGGCACCACCACCAUCAUCAAAACCAUCCCCAUGUCGGCCAUCAUCACCCAGUCGGGGGCUACCGGUGUCACCAGCAGCCCCGGGAUCAAGUCGCCCAUCACCAUCAUCACCACCAAGGUGAUGACCUCGGGCACCGGCACCCCCGCCAAGAUCAUCACGGCUGUCCCCAAGCUGGGCGGGGGACACGGCCAGCAGGGCGUGACACAGGUGGUGCUGAAGGGAGCCCCGGGCCAGCCGGGGACCAUCCUGAGGACGGUGCCCAUGGGGGGCGUCCGGCUGGUCACCCCCGUCACCGUCUCGGCCGUCAAGCCCACAGUGACCACGCUGGUGGUCAAGGGCACCACCGGUGUGACCACGCUGGGGACGGUGACAGGGACAGUGUCCACCAGCCUGGCCGGAGGGGCAGGUGGCCACAGCGCCACGGCCUCGCUGGCCACCCCCAUCACCACGCUGGGGACAAUCGCCACCCUGUCCAGCCAGGUGCUGAACCCUGCGGCCAUCACGGCCACCGCGGCCGGGGGCGGCCUGGGGACACCGACCAUCACCAUGCAGCCGGUGUCCCAGCCCACGCAGGUGACGCUCAUCACCACGCCCAGCGGCGUCGAGGCCCAGCCCGUCCACGACCUCCCCGUGUCCAUCCUGGCGUCCCCGACGGCCGAAGGUCCCCCCGCGGCCACCUCGGGGGGCGGCAGCCUGGCCGAGCCCCCCCCGGCCGAGGCCGCCCCGGGCACCGUCACCCUGGUGUGCUCCAACCCGCCCUGCGAGACCCACGAGACGGGGACGACCAACACGGCCACCACCAGCCUGGUGGCCAACGUGGGCACGGGGACGGGGGCGCAGCUGCAGCUGCAGCUCUGCGAGGACGCGGGCGGGGGGACGGCGGUGGUGGCAGCGCCGCCCCGGGCCUGCUCCAACCCCCCCUGCGAGACCCACGAGACCGGGACCACCAACACCCCCACGGCGGCGGGGACGGCGCGCUUGGGGACGCCGGGGGCGCCGCCCUGCCCCACGCAGCAGACGGUGGCCACGGGGACGACGAUGACGGCGCGGUUGUGUCCCCCCGAUGGUGGCGGCGGCGGUGGUGGUGGUGGUGGCAGCGGUGUCACCUCGUGCCAAACGCAGGAGGCCGCCCCGUGCCAAACGCCCUGGGGACAGCCUGAGGUGGGGACGGUCACUGCGGCCACCACGGCGAGCUGUGAGAGCCCCGCGGGGACACGGCUGUGUGCCAACCCGCCCUGCGAGACCCACGAGACGGGGACAACCAACACGGUGACGGUGACAGGGACACGGCUGUGCUCCAACCCUCCUUGUGAGACCCACGAGACGGGGACAACCAACACGGUGACAGUGACAGGGUCACAGCUCUGCUCCAACCCGCCCUGUGAGACCCAUGAAACAGGGACAACCAACACGGUGACAGUGACAGGGACACGGCUGUGCUCCAACCCUCCUUGUGAAACCCACGAGACGGGGACAACCAACACGGUGACAACCACGGGGACACGGCUCUGCUCCAACCCGCCCUGUGAGACCCAUGAAACUGGGACAACCAACACGGUGACAACGACAGGGACACGGCUGUGCUCCAACCCUCCUUGUGAAACCCACGAGACGGGUACAACCAACACGGUGACAGUGACAGGGUCACAGCUCUGCUCCAACCCGCCCUGUGAAACCCACGAGACGGGGACAACCAACACGGUGACAACGACAGGGACACGGUUCUGCUCCAACCCGCCCUGUGAGACCCACGAGACGGGGACAACCAGCACGGCCACCACCACCACGGCCACCUCGCGCCCCCCGCCCGAGUCGGGGACAGCAGCGGUGCCACCGCCUCGAGGUGUCCCCCCCUGCUCCAACCCCCCCUGCGAGACCCACGAGACGGGGACGACCAACACGGUGACAACGACAUCGUCGCAGCUCUGCUCCAACCCUCCCUGUGAAACCCACGAGACCGGGACCACCAACACGGCCACCACGGCCACCGCGGGCUCCCGGCCGGGUGACACCACCACGGCCACCAGCGCUGCCACCACGGCCACCACCUCCAGCACGGGGGGGUCCCCGCCUUGUGCCAACCCCCCCUGCGAGACCCCCGAGAGCGGGACCACCAGCACGGCCACCACCAGAGCGGGCUCCUCGCCCUGCCAGAGCCACCAGAGCGGUGCCACCGGCACGGCCGCCACCGAGGGGGUGACACCGCCCCCGCCCUGUGCCACCACCGCUGCCACCAGCCCCCCCCGCGCCUGCUCCAACCCCCCCUGCGAGACCCACGAGACGGGGACAACGGCCACGGCCACCACGGUCACCGCCAGCAUGGGCGCCAGCCAAGAGCCCCCCCCGCCGGCUGCCAACGGGCAGGGGGAGGGGGAGACCCCCCCCAGCGAGGCCGGGGGUCCCCCCGUGCCCCCCCCCGGGACCCCCAGCCCCGGCCCCAGCGGCGGCACCGGGACCCCCCAGCCCCGGGCGGUCACCACGGUCACUCAGUCCACGCCAGCGCCGGGGCCGGCCGUGCCGACCAUCUCGUCGCUGACCGAAUCCCCCCCGGCACCCCCCGAGACCCCCCCAAGCACCACCACCACCACCACCACGCCCACCCCUCCUGGAGACCCCCACCCAUCCCAGGACCCCUCCUCAGCCUCGGCCACGUCCCCGUCGCCCCCCGGGCCCGAGGCCGCGCCCCCUGCCCAGGCCGGGUCGGAGCCCGGGGGCUCCCCGGAGCCGCUGGCCGUGGUGGUGCUGCCCCCGAGCGCGGCCGAGGGCGGCCCGGCCGAGGGGCUGGCGCUGCCCCCCGAGCUGCUGGCCGAGGCGGGGGGCGCGGGGGGACCCCCGGGGCUGACCCCCGAGGAGCUGGCGGUCACCGCGGCGGCCGAGGCGGCGGCGGCGGCUGCGGCCAGCGAGGAGGCGCAGGCGCAGGCCCUGGCCAUCCAGGCCGUGCUGCAGGCGGCGCAGCAGGCCGUCAUGGGUCAGUCUGGGGGGGCCGAGGCCCUGGCCAUCCAGGCCGUGCUGCAGGCGGCGCAGCAGGCCGUCAUGGGUCAGUUUGGGGGGGCCCAGGCCCUGGCCAUCCAGGCCGUGCUGCAGGCGGCGCAGCAGGCCGUCAUGGGCACAUCGGAGCCGCUGGAGCCCGGCGAGCCCGGGGGGGGCCCCUCGGAGCUGGGGGGCGCCCUGGGGGUCUCGGAGGCCGCGGGGGGCGCGGGGGGGGCGCUGCCCCUGGUGCUGACCCAGCAGGACCUGGCGGCGCUGGUGCAGCACCAGCAGCACCUGGCCGAGGCCGGGACCCCCCCCGCGGCCCCCCCCGCGCCCCCCGCCCCCGCCCCGCCCCCUCCCGCCCCCGCCGCGCCCCCCCAGGCGGCCGCGCCCCCUCCCCAUUUGCCCACCGAGGCCUUGGCCCCCGCCGACAGCCUCAACGACCCCGCGGGCGACGCCAACGGCCUGGGGGAGCUGGGCACGGUGCCCGGGGGGGGCGCCCCCGCCGCCCUGCUGCCCCCCCCCGGCGACGGCCUGGCCCCCUCGAGCGCCUUCGUGGCCCCCCCAGGCCCCACGGUUGCCCCCAGCCCCGCCAAGCUGCAGGCGGCCGCCGCCCUGGCCGAGGUGGCCAACGGCAUCGAGAGCACCCCCGUGAAGCCGGAGCCAGGGGCGCCGCCCAAGGCGCUGCCCAAGAAGGAGAACCAGUGGUUCGACGUGGGCGUCAUCAAGGGCACCACCAUGAUGGUCACCCACUACUUCCUGCCCCCCGACGACGCGCCCCCGGCCGAUGACGACGCCUCGGGGGUCCCGGACCACUCGCAGCUGCGCCGCCAGGAGCUGCAGCCGGGCACGGCGUACAAGUUCCGCGUGGCCGGGCUCAACGCCUGCGGCCGCGGGCCCUUCUCGGAGCUGUCGGCCUUCAAAACCUGCCUGCCCGGCUUCCCCGGGGCGCCCUGCGCCAUCAAGAUCAGCAAGAGCCCCGACGGGGCGCACCUGACGUGGGAGCCGCCGUCGGUGACGUCGGGGCGCAUCGCCGAGUACUCGGUGUACCUGGCCAUCCAGGGGGGGCCCGGGGGGGGCCCGAGGCGCGCGGGGGGGGGCGCCCAGCUGGCCUUCAUGAGGGUCUACUGCGGGCCCAGCCCCUCGUGCCUGGUGCCGGCCUCCAGCCUGGCCAGCGCCCACAUCGACCACACCACCAAGCCGGCCAUCAUCUUCCGCAUCGCCGCCCGCAACGACAAGGGCUACGGGCCCGCCACCCAGGUGCGGUGGCUGCAAGGUGGGUCUGGGGGCUCUGAAAUGAGUCUGGGGGCUGCGCACCCCCUGGGGGAGGCUGUGGGAGCAGGAUUGUCCCCCUGCAGUGACAAGGGCUAA